AUGGGAAUACAUGUUCUUUCUAAUAUGCCCAUGGAAUCUACCCCAUUUAAAGGGAUGAAGUUUGAAGCAGAUGAGAUUGCAUAUGAUUUUUAUAAUGAAUAUGACAGAAAGGCUGGUUUUAGUAUUAAAAAAGAGUAUGUAAAUAAAUGUAAAAAGACUGUAGUGGUUACUUCAAGGAGAUUUGUGUGCGCGAAGGGGGGAGUUCAAGGCAAAGGCAAGAGAGAUCAGAAUAUAAAGAAUCCAUUAGCAGAAACAAGAUGUGGUUGUGAAGCACGUUUGGUUAUUGUACUUAAUCGAGAUAGUAAAAAAUAUGUGAUGAGUAAAUUUAUUACUGAGCAUAACCACUAUCUCCACCUCCCAUCAACUGUGCAUAUGAUGCCAUCACAAUGGAAAAUGGCUGCAACUCAUGCUAUUGAAAUUGAUUUGGCAUAUGAAUCGGGAUUAAGAUUAAAGCAACCUUAUGAGCUUUUUAGUAAGCAAGUUGGUGGAUAUGAUCAUCUUGGUUUUACCAAGCAAGAUCAUAAAAACUAUUUACGCACUAAGCGACAGAGAGACAUGGAGCAUGGGAAAGCUGCUAGCUUGGGAAGAUAUUUUAAUCGUCAACUUAAGGAAAAUCCUUCAUAUUAUUUCGCUACUCAAUGGAACUGUGAAGAGUUGAUUACUAAUAUCUUUUGGGCUGAUGCAAGAAUGAUCAUUGACUAUAGCCACUUCGGUGAUGUAAUAACGUUUAAUACAAUGUAUAGUAAAAAUAGAGAUGCAAGGCCACUUGGAGUAUUUUUGGGUCUCAAUCACCAUAGAGAAAUUGUUGUAUUUGGAGGUGCACUUUUAUAUGAUGAAAUGAUUGAAUCAUUGGUAUGGUUAUUUAAGACCUUUUUAGAAGCAAUGUUUGAAAAGAAGCCAAUCACUAUUUUCAACGAUCAAGAUGCAGCAAUGUCAGCUACAAUAAAAAUCUAUGAGUAUGAUGGUGAAGAUGAGUUUCUUACAGUUUGGAAUGAAAUGCUAGAUAAGUACAAUAUUCGUGAAAAUAAAUGGCUAAUUGAUCUAUUUAAAUUGAAGGAAAAAUGGGUCCAAGCAUAUGUUAAGAGAAUUUUCACUGCAGAAAUGAAGACAACCCAGCUUAGUGAGAGUUUUAAUGUUGACUUGAAGGAUUGCUUGCGUACUGAUCUCAAUAUAGUAGAGUUUUUCACUUAUUUUGAAAGAGUUGUCAAUCAAAAGCAGGAUAAGGAGUUAGAAGCAGAAUACAAAUCUAGACAUAAAUUUCCAAGAUUGAAGCUCAAAAGCUCUCCUAUGCUUAACCAAGUAGCAACAGUGUACAUGCCUACAUUGUUUGAUUUAUUUCAGAUAGAAGUUGAAGAGAUUGUAUUUUAUGCAUAA